UUCACAAUGCAGGAUGAAUCGGGAUAGUUAAAUGUAGCUUUAAGGUUGAGGGAGUGGGUGAAAACGAGUGCGAGAAAAACGAGCCCGCGUCGACCGAGGGUGACGGAUCGUCGCGGAAAAAUGUUCUCUCGGUCUUCACACAAGCUCGUCCGCAUUCGUCGGUAAAUUAAUGAAAAUUCAUAAACGAACGUUGCAUGAUAAAAAACCGCUGGUGAUUACGAGCGUUUAGUGGGAUUCGAGUCACCUGAUUCUCACCUUGUACCAGCAACGUCAGCGUUCUCGUUAAUUUCUGCAUCGACCAUCAAUUAUUUGAUUCGACCUACGCGCGAGCGCGUACAUCGCCAUGCUUCGCUAUACUUACGCUCGUUCGAUAUACACAAACAGUUGCGCAAAUGUUUUCAACGCAACUCUCGCAUGUCGGCGCGCAUUCGCACAAUAUUUUACGCUUUGGGUGGUUCACACUUUCGAGCAUUUCUCCAAUUCCGAUGUGCUGUGCAUAAAAUGCAAAAAAUAUAAAUUGAGAGCGAAUUAUUCAUACGUGACGAUAAAAAAGACUGACUCGAUCGCAUCGCCGCGCGGAAUCAGAUUAAAAGUUCUUACACUCGACACGAUUUGUGCCAAUUUAAUGCAGCGGUGAAAACAGAAAGCCUCGCUGCGGCGCACGAAUAACGAACGAAUCGUUAAUUCGACGCUACUUCGUGGUGACCGCCCGUUACGCGAUCCCGCUGAUCGGCCCUUUCCGGCUCGAAUUACACAUUUCAUCUCAUGAAAGUCACAGCAUGCGAGACCUGCUUCCGGGAGGACAACCCGGAAGGUUCUUCAAUCGUUUUUAAUUGAAUGCGCCCGCUCGGACGAUUCGAUUGAAAAACUAAAGCAAUGCUAUUAUUUUCAAUCUGUUCAUCUUCCUCUCGAGCUCCGUACGCUUUUGGCACCAAAGGUCGAUUCGAAGCCCUCUGUUUUUCAGCCGAUGAAAAAAUGACGAAAUUUAAGUGCGAGAGUUUCGCUAAAUUCUGCUCAAUUAAACGUUGCGACGGCUGUCGGUAUUUUGAGUGUAUUCAGAACUCGAUUGCCUCUUUUGCAACUCCGCGGUAGCUUUCGGUGACUCAAAUGCUUCUCGAGGCUCCCCCGAGGGGUCGGAGUUGGCUAUUUUUUUCACACGAAUCAUCGAUAAUUGGACGACGAUCGGAAUCUACUUUGCUGAGAAAACAAAAUUUCUACUGCUCGAAAAAAAAAAACAGUUGAGGGAGACCCAACGGCGAUGAGAACUGCUCGUCGAUUUCAGGCGUGUACUUUGUCACGUUCGAUUACAAAGUGUGCACCCGAUGGUUUGGAAAUAGAUGCACGGAUAGUCGAAUGUGAAGGGAGAACGAAAUAGCACGUCUGCGGAUAAUUGGACGUACCGAAGCGCCACAAGUGCAUGGAAAACGUCUGCUAACUUGUACUUUUACAAUAUAAAAGUGGUAUCACAACGAAGCAUUUAUUAGAACAGUUCGUGACGAAGAAACACGAAUUGCUUCGUUUCCGGAGUUGAAGGAAACAACGAAAAUGACAGCUUUGCAGUCGAUCGAUGACAAGACUGCUUCCACAAGAGACGAAGCUUCCCCGUCAAACUUUCAGUCCAGAGAAUCCCACCGUUCGAUAAACACCGAGGAGAAUGCGCGUCAUCCCAGUUCACUGUGUGCUUUUCUGCUAUUUCGGAUCUUUGCGAACUUUCGUCCACUCCACCGACUGGGUGGAUGACCUGACGAGAUGCAUCGUCGAGAGUUCGAAAUUUCGUCUCGUUAAACUAUUAACGAGACUCGAGCACGCCAAGUUCCUCGAAGAUCCGCUGACAGAUGAAUUUCUCGCCGGGUUGAUGCAGCAACUGCCCCUCCUGAGGAUCGACUUCAAGGAAGACUUCGAACUCCCGGCGAACUCGGUGCCCGACGAGACGUCCUGGGAGAGGACUCCGAUCGACACGACAGCGACGCUAUUUCUUCUCGUGGUCGAGUCUCCCGAUGCCUCAUCGGCCCCGAUGAUAAGAGAUUUCAUUGAAACCGUGGCAAAUAUGGCGACCUACCACUACAACCCGAAGUACCUGGCGCUCUUCUUCGUUCGAAAGCGAAGCGACAGUCUCGAAGAAAUUCUUCAGUUCGCCUGGACCCAGAAGAUGCUCGAUUUCACCCUGCUCGAGUUGGCCCACCCGGGAGUCUCGAAAUUUCUCGGUGCGAAUGGAAGCGCUCCAGUCGUCCCGCUUGUGCACCAGCUGAACCCAUUCAAAAAAGAGUACUCGAGGACUCCCUGGAAGAGCAGGGCGACCGACUUGUUCCCGGACAAAGUCAGCGAUUUGUGGGGUUUCCCGGUGAGGGUCAAGGCGAUCAACCAUCCGCCAUUUUCAGUCGCGAAGUUCAACGGGCUCGAGGAGCCCACUGAAAUCGGUGGCGCCAAUCUCUUCUUGAUACAAACCCUCCUGAGGAAACUCAACGCUACCGUCAAAUAUUUUCCAGCAGCUGUCGAACGCAACGCAUCGAACGUCUUAAGAAGCCUCUAUUCCGUCACAGAACUACAAAAAAUAGAUAUUUCGUCGACUAGCUCUGCUUCCUACACCGUCAGCUGGAACGACACGCAACGGACAGCGCCGAUUUUAGUCGACAAAUUCUGUGCGCUCGUGCCGAUUUUACCAAAAUUGGAAACUCUCGUGUCGACGAGUUUCUUCCUCGCUAACCUCUCGAGCUUCAGCUUGAUACUGUUUUUCUGGAUUUUCGCGCGUUUCAUGCGAUUCGAAUCGCCCUUUUGGAAGCUCUUCGACAUCGGAUGCGUGCUCUUCGGAGUCUCGACGACCCGACAGCCCCGUGCCAACGUCGAGCGCAUCACCUUCGCCUGUCUUCUCGCAAUAUCCGCCAUUUAUUCCUCCACUAUUUACUCUUCGAUCACAGACAUCAGUCUGCAAAAAAAUGGCGAAGUUGAAUUCGAGAGCUUCCAGGAUCUGAUCGCCUCGGGACUCGUGCCUCACAUGCAUCCUUUUGAAAUUGACAGAACCGCCAAGAUUUUCCAGGGUGCUGAUCACUGGAAAGAUUACAAGAAAAUAACAGUCAGAAUUUUCAACUCGUUGGACUGUGUCGAAGUUGCGGUUAAGCACAAAAACGUAACGUGCUUCAUGAAGAAAAUCAAGGCAAGGUACGUCAUCGACAAAAGCAUGGGCCACGGCAAGGCCAUCCUCAAAGUAGCUGAACCUUGCUUCUGGACCGAAAGCUUCAGUUUCUUACUAGGCAAAAGAUCGCCUUACCGCUGGAAACUAGACAAAUUAAUAUCGCGAUUGCACAGAGCCGGGAUAGUCAGCAAAUUUUAUCGCGACGACAUUUCAAACGGCAAAAAAUUAAGCUACGAGCGCGAAGCUUCGAUUACUGAAGAACAAGAGAGCAUGCUCGCUCUCCGCUACCAGUUGAUGUCGAUCGCUAUCGUCGGAUACUCGAUCUCCAUCGCUGCUUUCGUCCUCGAAAUCAUUUAUCACCGCAUAACUGUGUACCGAAAAUCGAAGCUCCGGCCCAUCGGUCUCCUCCCUUACACGGAGUAGCAAAUGCGAGUGUAGCAUGAAAAAAUGUCGAAUUGGCACGAUUUCUGUUGCCACGCACUCAGCGAAAGCCUUGUUGCAUUGGAUGCAAAAAAUUCCAAUUGUGUCUUAGUUUUUUUGAAUUUACUGAUCGUUUAAAUGAUCUGGCGCCAUUUUCAUUAACUUCAUUUCAAUUUGAAUUAUUCAUCGAUUUUAUGCAGAGUUUAGCGAAAUUGAGAACGAACUUCGGAGACGAAAAAAUUUAGUGGACCCCUUUGAAAAUGGAAUGGGAAUAGAAUUCGGUAGAAUUUGUAUUAGUCUCAUCAGUGAAACUGCACGGAUCGAGAUAAUGCUCGUUCAGUGUGUUUUCCACUCACUACGAAAGGAACAGUCGCACGAAAAUAAUCUAGAAAUUAUGACAAUUCGAAGGUGUUUACCUCCAACGUACGAGAAAAAAAUGUUUCCAAAUGCUUUUUGAAAUUCACUGAAAACAUUUGUGUUAAACUUUUCCUUAGAAUUGAAUAUUCCAAUUGAGUCACUAUCAGCUGAUUAUUAAAAUGUACACGUGAUAAAUAAUAAAUAAAACUGACUUAGAAGUGGA